UCCACCUCCUCCUCCUCAGUGGCUGCUCCCACUUUGGACCCUGCCUCCACCUCCUCCUCCUCCUCAUUGACUGGUACCUCCCAGGCUGCUGCCCCACUGCCCCCGCUGGAUGUCUCCUCAUCUUCCAGUGAUCCUGGGGCUGUUGAUGAGUCCAGUGUUCCAGGGAUGGACAGGGUCGACAGCCUGGCAGAGUAUCUGGUUGAACUGAGGAACCAGCCCUCUCUUGCCCUCAACAACCAGCAGGUGAGCAACAUUGUUGCUCUGUGGCAAAACCUGCUGGAGUUUGACAAGCAGAGGGUGGUGUUUGCUGCCAGACACCAGAGCAGGCUGGAUACGGGGAGGUUCAGGUCACCCAAGAAGAAGCAGGAGUUCACGCCGGGAGUAGACAGCCUCAAAAGGCACGCCCUCACCACCACUGCCCCUCUUGCCCAGUGGCCAGAUUGCUGCCGCCUGAUUGAGUCCAUCUUUGUCCGGCUCUGUGACAUCCACCGUAGUCCCAAGAAGAGGGGGACAAUCACAGUGUCCAGAUGGGACCUCAUCUUGGAGGACUACAGACAGAUCAGGCGGCGCAUUCUGGGUAACGGGACAGUGAUGCAGCAGACCGCCCUGCAGCUGGUGGAUGUCAGUCACACCACCCUUGUGCAGUGGCACAAUAAAAGGGUGAAGAGACAGGACACUGCAGUGAUGUUGCAGGGGCUCACCCUGCCCAGUCGCUUGUCUGCAGCAGCCAACCCUCUUCCUGCUGCAAACGUGCAGCCUUUAUUUGCAGCCCCCCAGCCUGGCCCCUCUUACCAGUACCAGUUCCCCAGCAGCACUGUGGGCCAGGCAAAGAUGAAAAAAAUGAAAACCUCACCAGCAUCUGAGCCAUCGGCCAAAGCGAGGCCUCCUCACCAGCGGCAGCUUUUUGCUGCACCACCUCCUCCCCCUAGCCCUCAACUGGUGAUGCUGCCUCAUCCAGCCUCACAGAUGCUGCCUGUGUUCCUGGCUGCUCCACAGGUCUUGGGUGUCAACUUGCCAUUUGCUGGGGUUGCUGCCCCUGCUCUUGCUCCUGCUCCUGCUACCGUCCGCCGCAAACGAAACGUAUUGCAUAAUACAUGCAAUAAAUGUGGACAGUUUAGGACAAUUGAAACUGGGCACAGCCAAUACAAAGGCAUUGUGUACUGCCCCUCUGUAGAGACUGUUCCCAAAGAGCAGUGGUUGGAGGAUAUUAAAAGAAAAAAACAAUAACUGUCCUCCCUUGAUCCUCCUUUUUAAAGGGACAGAGGUAAUUUUGUACAUAGUUGUAAUUAUUUUGUGUAUAACAGUUUUUGUAAUAUAAAAGUUUGGUUGUUACAAAGUGGUCACAUCACC